CCACCCAUUCCUCCCCUCACUUAGAUACUUCCAGCUAGUGCUGAAGGAUACGCGCGUAAGAUUCUCCAUCCCAGCUGCACCUCCACCCAAUCACUUUCUCUCAUCCCAUCACUCUCUCCACUGCGCUCUGUCCCAGCUAACUGCGUGGUGGGGAUGGGUUCAGGUAGGGCCAGAAAGACCUGGGAAAAAGAGCACCAAGAGGAAAGCACCGUCUCCCUGAAACCUUCAUCUCCUCUUACACAAAUGCAGCUUCCCAGCCUCAGCUCUUCGGUGGCUGCUCACAGGAACACAUAGAACCUACAGAGGGUGCCUGGGAGAGAUUUUUUGUCUUUGUGCUUUAGAGGGAUUCUGUUCAGUCUUUAUUGACUGGGAGACACUUCACUUUAUGAAAGGAUAUCUCACUUGAGCUUUGCAUCAUGGCACACGCAGCAUCCCAGCUGAAGAAAAGAGCAGAUUUGGAACUUACAGCUGCUGAGGAAGAAAGAGAGAAAGAGAAGAAGAAAAAGCCUAGAAAAAGGUCCCGGGAACCAAAGAAAAAGACUGACAGUAAUGCCAGUUACCUCAGAGCAGCCCGAGCUGGAAACCUUGAGAAAGCCCUCGAUUAUAUAAAGUCUGGUGUGGACAUCAACAUCUGCAACCAGAAUGGGUUGAACGCUCUUCAUCUAGCAUCUAAAGAAGGCCACGUGGAGGUUGUGGCUGAACUUAUUAAAAUUGGUGCAACUGUGGAUGCUGCAACAAAGAAAGGAAACACUGCUCUGCACAUAGCAUCGCUCGCUGGACAGGCAGAUGUCGUCAAGGAACUUGUGUAUAAUGGAGCAAUUAUCAACGCUCAGUCUCAGAAUGGCUUCACACCACUUUACAUGGCUGCCCAGGAAAACCACCUGGAAGUCAUCAAAUUCCUCCUGGAUAAUGGAGCCAGUCAGAGCAUUGCCACAGAGGAUGGUUUUACUCCUCUGGCCGUAGCUCUUCAGCAGGGUCAUGAUCAGGUGGUGUCUUUGCUCCUGGAGAAUGACACCAAGGGGAAGGUACGGCUGCCUGCCCUGCACAUCGCCGCUCGUAAGGACGAUACUAAAGCAGCGGCGCUGCUCCUGCAGAACGACCACAAUGCAGAUGUCGAAUCCAAGAUGAUGGUGAAUAGAACAACAGAGAGUGGCUUCACCCCUCUUCACAUAGCGGCUCACUACGGUAACAUCAACGUAGCGACCCUGCUCCUGAACCGCGGGGCUGCUGUAGACUUCAAGGCGAGGAAUGACAUCACGCCUCUCCAUGUGGCAUCGAAAAGAGGAAAUGCCAACAUGGUCAGGCUGCUUCUGGAGAGAGGAGCUCGAAUUGACGCCAAAACCAAGGACGGCCUGACACCUUUACACUGUGGAGCGAGGAGCGGUCAUGAGCAAGUGGUUGAGUUGUUACUAGAUCGUGGAGCACCCAUCCUCUCUAAGACAAAGAACGGCCUUUCACCAUUGCACAUGGCCACGCAAGGAGAUCAUCUGAACUGCGUUCAGCUCUUGCUUCAUCAUGAAGUUCCCGUGGACGACGUCACAAAUGAUUACCUGACAGCCCUGCAUGUCGCUGCACACUGUGGACACUACAAAGUUACCAAGGUGCUUGUGGACAAGAAGGCCAAUCCUAAUGCCAAAGCACUGAAUGGUUUUACACCACUUCAUAUCGCUUGCAAGAAGAACAGGAUUAAAGUGAUGGAGCUGUUGCUGAAACACGGAGCGUCCAUUCAGGCUGUGACUGAGUCUGGACUCACGCCGAUUCAUGUGGCUGCUUUUAUGGGCCAUGAAAACAUUGUGACUCAGCUGACAAAUCAUGGAGCAUCUCCUAACACGAUGAAUGUGAGGGGAGAGACGGCACUCCAUAUGGCUGCCAGGGCAGGACAGGCAAACGUGGUGAAAUUCCUGGUGGCAAAUGGAGCAGAUGUGGACGCCAAAGCCAAGGAUGAUCAUACACCACUGCAUAUAUCCAGUCGACUGGGCAAACCGGACAUAGUCCAGCAGUUGCUGCAACACAGGGCUUCACCCGAUGCCACCACCACAUCUGGAUACACGCCGCUCCACCUGGCUGCUCGCGAAGGCCACAAAGAUGUGGCAUCCAUCCUGCUAGACAAUGGAGCAUCUCUUGGCAUCACUACCAAGAAAGGAUUCACUCCCCUGCAUGUUGCAGCCAAAUACGGGAAGAUUGAAGUUGCUAACUUACUGCUACAGAAGGAAGCACCACCUGAUGCAGCUGGAAAGAGUGGACUAACACCACUGCAUGUUGCUGCUCACUACGAUAACCAGAAAGUGGCCCUUCUUCUGUUGGACCAAGGAGCAUCUCCGCACGCUGCAGCGAAGAAUGGCUAUACGCCACUGCAUAUAGCUGCCAAGAAGAACCAGAUGGAGAUAGCGACCACACUGCUCGAAUACGGAGCUGAUACCAAUGCCACGACACGCCAGGGCAUCAGUCCUCUCCACCUGGCAGCCCAGGAGGGCAACGUUGACAUGGUUACGCUCCUGCUCGCCCGUGAAACUGCCAUCAAUCUGGGGAACAAGAGUGGACUGACGCCUCUUCAUCUGGCGGCUCAAGAGGAUAAAGUCAAUGUAUCAGAAGUGCUGAUUAAUCAUGGUGCCACAGUGGACCCAGAGACUAAGAUGGGAUAUACGCCACUGCAUGUGGCCUGUCACUAUGGCAAUAUAAAGAUGGUGCACUUCCUCCUGAAGAACCAGGCUAAAGUCAAUGCCAAAACCAAGAAUGGAUACACACCUCUACAUCAGGCUGCUCAGCAGGGUCACACACACAUCAUUAACCUUCUGCUGCAGCACGGAGCCUCUCCUAAUGAGCUGACAGUGAAUGGAAACACUGCCUUAGCUAUUGCCAGGCGCCUGGGUUACAUCUCUGUGGUCGACACACUCAAAGUCGUCACAGAGGAGACGCACACUACUGUGACGGUGACGGAGAAACACAAAAUGAAUGUUCCAGAAACAAUGAAUGAGGUUUUGGACAUGUCAGAUGAUGAAGUUCAUAGAGCCAAUGUGCCUGAAAUGCUCAAUGAGGACUAUAUUUCAGAUGUUGAUGAAGGUGAGGAUGCAUUGACAGGAGAAACGGACAAGUACCUGGGACCACAAGACCUGCGAGAGCUUGGAGACGACUCCCUCCCUCAGGAAGGAUACGUGGGAUUCAGUGUUGGAGCUCGUACGGCCAGUCCUAAAGUCAGCCUGCGCUCCUUCAGUUCGGAUAGGUCCAAUACACUCAACCGGAGCUCCUUCACCCGUGACAGCAUGAUGAUCGAAGAGAUCCUGGCACCAAAUAAGGACACGGGGGUCUAUAGAGAAAUGUCCAACCUUGUUGAGACUCAUUAUAAGCAUCUGGCUUUAGCAAAAGAUUACAACGCAGACUCAGUGAGACGCUAUAGUUGGACGCCGGACACUCUGGACAAUGUGAACCUGGUCUCCAGCCCGGUCCAUUCAGGCAUUUCUCCCUCACUCCUUCAGUACGACAACAGGUUUUUGGUGAGUUUCAUGGUGGAUGCCCGCGGCGGUUCCAUGCGAGGAAGUCGCCACAAUGGUAUGCGCAUCAUCAUCCCGCCCCGCAAGUGCACUGCGCCAACACGUAUCACUUGCCGUCUGGUUAAGAGACACAAGCUGGCAUCCCUGCCGCCCAUGGUGGAGGGAGAGGGGCUGGCGAGCCGGCUGGUAGAGGUGGGCCCAGCGGGGGCUCAGUUUCUGGGCCCUGUGAUUGUGGAGAUCCCUCAUUUUGGGUCCAUGAGGGGGGAAGAGCGAGAGCUCAUUAUGCUCAGGAGCGAAAACGGUGAGACCUGGAAAGAGCAUCAUUAUGACUGCAAAUCUGAAGACCUCGUUGAGCUCCUCAAUGGCAUGGAUGAAGAGCUUGAGAGCACAGCAGAGCUGGAGAAGAAGCGUAUCUGCCGGAUCAUCACAAAGGACUUCCCACAAUACUUUGCAGUGGUAUCACGGAUCAAGCAGGAGAGUAAUCAGAUGGGUCCAGAUGGAGGGGUCCUGUCCAGCAUGACAGUACCUCUGGUCCAGGCCUCCUUCCCUGAGGGUGCGCUCACUAAGAAGAUCAGAGUUGGACUGCAGUCCCAGCCUGUGCCGGAUGAAACUGUGAAGAAGAUCAUAGGAAAUCGGGCCACCUUCAGCCCUAUAGUGACAGUGGAGCCUCGCAGGAGGAAGUUCCAUAAGCCCAUUACCAUGACCAUACCCUUGCCUCCGCUCUCUGGAGAUGGUGCGGUGAAUGGCUACAAAGGAGACCCAACACCAAGCCUGCGCCUGCUUUGCAGUAUAACUGGUGGCACAUCACCGGCUCAGUGGGAGGACAUCACUGGCACUACACCUCUCACUUUUUUGAAUGACUGUGUGUCCUUCACCACAAACGUGUCUGCCAGGUUUUGGCUUGCAGACUGCCAUCAGAUCCCAGAGACUGUAGGUUUGGCCACCCAGCUCUACAGGGAGCUCAUCUGUGUGCCCUACAUGGCCAAGUUUGUAGUGUUUGCUAAAAUGAAUGACCCUGUGGAGUCCAGCCUGCGGUGCUUCUGUAUGACAGACGAUAAAGUGGACAAAACCCUGGAACAGCAGGAGAACUUUGAGGAGGUGGCCAGAAGCAAAGACAUUGAGGUGCUGGAGGGGAAGCCCAUCUAUGUGGACUGCUAUGGCAAUUUGGCCCCUCUUACCAAAACCGGACAGCAGCUGGUUUUUAACUUCUAUGCUUUCAAAGAAAACAGACUCCCAUUCUGUGUGAAGGUCAGAGACAGCAGCCAAGAGCCAUGUGGCCGCUUGUCCUUCCUCACAGAGCCCAAAACUUCCAAGGGUCUGGCUCAGAUUGCUAUCUGUAAUUUAAACAUCACACUGCCAGGACUCAAGAAGGAUGUGGAUUCAGAUCCUGAGGAAGAGAGUGAAAAGCCAGAACGACGUCAUACCUUUGCAUCUCUAGCCUUACGUAAGCGAUACAGCUAUCUGACCGAGCCUGGAACGAAAACAGUCGAACGAAGUACAACAAGAACACUGCCUGCUGGUUACGCUCACAAACCUGUCUUUUCAACAAGAUCUUACCAGGCAUGGUCGACUGCUCCUAUUACCAUCCCUGGGCAAACAAAAUGUGGACUGGGUUCCCUCUCCAGUUCACCUUCCAACACGCCAUCUGCUUCGCCACUGAAGUCUGCGUGGUCCAUUUCCUCUGUGUCUCCAAUCAAGUCCACCCUUGGAACAUCGAAUGCUUCUCCUGCAAAAUCAGUCAGCGAUAUAGCAUCACCCAUUAGAACAUACAAAUCUAUGUCAUCUCCAAUAAAGACUGUGGUUCAACAACCCCAAAACCAAGUUCAAAUUUCCCCCAGUCUCAUAUCUUCGCCGGGUAAAAUUGGCACAGAUCCGGUGUCCAUUAAGGGGCUCACUGCUUCAUUGUCCUCAAGAGCUAACUUGACUUCAUCACCUGGAUCCAUGCUAGAAAGAACUUUCCCCACAGUGACGCAAGCUGAUUCUAUAAAGUCAACCACACAUACAUACACGUCUUUAUCAUUCAAAUCCACCCUGGCCCCCACAAGUAUAGCAGCGUCCUCUCCACUUCGAAACAUUACAAGCUUGUCCUCUAUUAAAACGACCACAGAUACAGCUAGGGGCACAAUUCUGUCAUCGCUUUCUUCAUCAGCUAAGCCUGCAAUAUCCAGUACUGAAACAGUCCUGUUAAAUGGAUCCAUUUCACCAGUAAAAUACCCCUCAUCCUCCUCUGCAUCUUCCCGUCUGUUUACAGGAGGGGCUUACAGCUUACAAGAACGGAUACAGGCCACAACGCAAGCAGCUACGGCCAGUGUUGGUGCAGCCUUCAGUGAGGCUGAGAAAUCACUUACUGCUGGCUCAAUGUCAAACUAUAGUGCGCUAAAAUCUGUAUCUUCACCUUUAAGAUCAAAUUUAUCAAGUUCUAUUUACGAUACCCUUAGAUCACCAGCCACUACCACCACAUCAGUAUCGUCCAUUUCCACGUCUGUUCCAGUAUUCUCCGUGGUCAAUGUGCUCCCUGAACCCCAGGAGGAGAAACUCCCAGAAAAAAUAACAAUCACACCUCAGCCACACACCCAAACACAGUCCUCUACAUCACGAAUUAAACCCUCAAAGCCCUCACUUUUUAUUUCCCCAACAGUCCUCAAAGCAGCUGCCGCACCAACAUUGACAUCCAGUCAAGAGAUUCUUAAGGAUGUGGCAGAUAUGAAGGAAGAUCUGAUGAGAAUGACUGCAAUCUUACAAACUGACUCCUCAACUGCAGCCAAAAGCUUCCACUCACAUGUUUCUAAAGAGUCCAAAAUGGAGGAUGAAGAGCCUUUCGGUUUGGUUGAGAAAGUUAAAGAGGACCUUGUCAAAGUUAGUGAAAUUCUCACAAAAGAUGUCCUGAGUGAGGCCAAAAGCUCAAGUAAAAACAGGGCCUCAGAGGAUGAAUGGGAAGAGUUCUCCAAAAAUGAAAUUGAGGAGGCACGACAGAGUGCCCUGCAUUCCAUGCAAACAUUUGAACCAGCCUUUCCUGUUGGACCACAAUCAGUGCCGGACAAAGAUCUCAAUUUAGCUAAAGUAGUUGAUUACUUAAUGAAUGAUCUUGGUGCCAGUUCCCUUUCAAAAAUAGCUGAUGUAAAGAGCAGAUAUGAUGAAAUAAAGAAGGAAGGGGAGGAAAAACAGAAGCGUACCAUGAAACCGGAGCACAAGCUCAAAAUGCCACCCACAGGUAUGCGGACCUCUCCCUCAGAGAAAGACUUGAGUAAAUUAGCAGACUCCUAUAGUGGCACAGAUGCUAUCCUGGAAUCUCCUGAUGACUUUUCCCAUGAACAAGAUAAGAGUCCACUCUCAGAUAGUGGUUUUGAAACCAGAAGUGAAAAGACCCCAUCAGCUCCUCAAAGUGCAGAGAGCACAGGGCCCAACCCCCCCUUCACAGAUGUGCCUAUUCCCCCUGUCAUAACAGAAACCAGAACUGAGGUUCUUCACGUCAUCAGGAGCUAUGAACAUCCUGAGGAGGUCUGUGAGCCACUAAUGGAUGAGGCAGCAGCUUUGAAGCCUCCAGUUGAGCCUGAGCCAGCAGUUACCUCAGUCAAAGACAAGGUAAAGGCCUUGCAGAUGAAAGUCAGCUCUGAGGAACUGUCAUGCGUCAAAGAAGAAACUCAUAUCACCACUACAACUCGAAUGGUCUACCACAAACCUCAACUGAAAGAUGCUGGCUCCGACAAGAUUGAAGAAACAAUGUCAGUCCGAGACAUAAUGAAAGCUUUUCAGUCUGGAAGACACCCUUCCAAAGAAUUAGCCAGUUUAUUUGAGCACAAAGCUAGCCAAGAUACCAUUAAAGGAGAUGAAUUAUCCCCAAGGUUCCUCGAAAAAGACAAAAAAACCCAAGUCGAAAGAAUUAUUGAGGUACACAUAGAAAAGGGCAACACAACUGACCCGACAGAAGUUAUAAUCAGAGAGACUAAAAGGCAUCCAGAGUUUAUAUGCAAGAGUGACCGAGGUCUCAAGGAACUUGUUGAUAGGGUUGAUGGUGAUUAUGAGGUUCUUCAAGAUGAAGAGGAACUUACUGCUGAGGAAUCACUGCCAUUCUUCUUGGACACAUCCAGAGUCAAUACACCUGUUUCUCAAGAGGAAGAGUCUCGUCCCAGUUCAUCUCAGCUUACUGCAGAUGAGACAUAUAAAGCUUUAAAACUUCUAAGCCAGCAUUCUAUUGAGUAUCAUGAUGAUGAGCUAUCAGAGUUGAGAGGGGAGUCAUACAGGUUUGCUGAGAAAAUGUUGCUCUCAGAAAAAUUAGACAUAUCACAUUCUGAUACUGAGGACUCAGUGGCAGACCAGGCACAUAGCAUAGCCACUGAGGUACAUGAGGCAGAAGGCGUAUAUGGAGAAACAGUAGCUGGCCCCAGGAAGGAGUCCAAAUUAAAGUCAGCAAGGGAUGCAACAGAGAAAUCAGGUAAAUAUCCCCCACAAGAUGAGCAAUAUGACAAAGUUACAGUAUUACAUUAUACCACAGAACCCGGUAGCCCUAAACAUGCAGUCUGGAUGAGAUUCACCCAGGAUAGGCAGGACAGGAAUAGAGAGAAACUCAUAUAUGAAGAUAGAGUAGAUCGGACCAUUAAAGAAGCAGAGGAGAAACUUAGUGAGGUUUCCCAGUUUUUUAGGGACAAAACUGAAAAGUUAAAUGAUGAGCUCAAGUCCCCUGAGAAAAAGAAACCAACAAGAUUAUCACGAGAGACAUGGUCAGGGCCAAGCUCAACGUGCAGCAGCCCUGAGAAAAACCAAAAGAGUGCAGCUGAGGAAUGGGACAAAGGCAGACAGAAGAUGUUUGGCAGUACAAACGAAAGGAAAAGUGCAAGUCUGCCAAACAGUCCCGAGAGGCAUGUGCUGUCACAGUUCUGUGAGGACAAGCCAAAACAGCACCAAGAUCCUAAGCAGGCAAAGACAGGUGAUGCAGGCCCCCCAGUCCCAGUUAAGACUUCGAGAGUGAGUUCUGUUCGACAAAAGUUUGAAAUAGAAGCGCAGAAACAGGAUCAGAAUGUGCUUCUAACACAGCCAAAACAACCAGUUAAAAAACUACCAGAAAGUAAAUUACCAGUAUAUGACAUUUUCGCUGGUUCAAAACCCUCAAAAGCCGAUUCCACAGAUGAAGGACACCCACCUCCUAGAAAACUAACAGAAACUGAUAAAAGUAAAGUAACCCCUCACAGUAGCAGUAGUACCAUUGUCUCAAAACAACUGGGUGAAAAAUGUUUACCUGAAAAAUCUAGCACAUCAGAUACUGUUGUAAAAAGAGACUCAGUUUUUGAGAAAAUGAAAGAUCAAGAGUUUGAUAGAACGCAAGUGAGCUCUCAAGAUUUAAAAGAUGGAAAUAUUGCAGACAGGCAUAGUGCAAUUAAUGAUAUUAAAGAGCAGCAGUAUUUAAAAGGUGAUAUUAAAAAUGACACUGUUAAAACAGCUUCCUUGUCUAAGGAUAAUAUCAAUAGGAAUGACUUUCAGAUAAAGACCCUUAAGAAAAAGACAGAAUCUCAUAUUCCUGUGAGAACAUCACCUGGUUCCCCAGACAAUAAUCAGUCAAAGAAGGCAAAUCAAGACACAUUAACUAAAUUAUCUGAAAAAAGCCCAUCGCACAUACCUACCCUGACCAAACCAAGGGUUCAUGGGCGUUCAGAGAUACAGAGAGAGGAAGGUGCAACAAAGAACUCUGAAGAAGUCUCUGCUGAAAGUAGAACAACAAGUGAUCAAAGUGACACUAGUUCAGUCGAUAAAAUAUCCACAGUUACAACAAGAGAAAGCUUUAGAGGGCUUAAAACUUUACCAGUCUAUGUAAGUGUUCAAGUGGGGAAACAGUCUGACAAAGAUAUGGGAGGAGGAGGAACCAAUGGAACAAUCAAAAAGAUGGCUAGCUCAGAAAGUCGAACAAUUUAUGCAGUUAAACAGAAACAGCCCACAUCUCCUCAAGGCAGCCCAGAUGAUGACACUUUAGAACAGCUCUCUUUUGUCGACAGCUCUGGCAAAAGUCCUAUAACUCCAGAGACACCAAGCUCAGAAGAGGUCAGCUAUGAUCUCACCUCGAAAACCCCUGAACCAUUUAUUGCAUUUAUGCCAGGUAUUGCAAGCCCAAUAGCUGAGGUUUCAGAGGAGUCAGAAGAUAGUGAACAAGGCAAAGCUAUUCCUUUGAAAGAAUCUGGACCAGAAAAAGGAGCCAAUGGUGAACACAAAACUGGCCAGGAGACAAAAGACAAAAGAGUUGCAUAUAUCGAGUUUCCUCCUCCACCACCCUUGGAUUCUGAUUCCUCACAGCCUGAGAAAAAAGGGUCGACUCCUUCCUCAGAGGCUGAGACUGAAUUGAUGGAAGUAAAUCUCCAAGAGGAGCAUGACAAACAUCUUCUUGCUGAACCUAUAAUAAGAGUCCAGCCUCCAUCUCCUGUGCCCCCAGGAGCUAAUGAUAGCGAUUCAAGUGAGGAGGAAUCUGUCUUUAAACCUAUUCCAAUAAAGAAAUAUACUUUUAAGAUUGAUGAGGACAAAGAUUUGAAGAAAAUCCCAUCAAGAAAACAUGACAAGAAUGGGAUUGAUAAAGAACCAGAGGAAAAUGGUAAUGGAAAAGUGGACGAUUAUGAUUAUGAACAAAAUGGCAAUGACCAGUCCAUCACAGAUUGCUCAUUAGCGACAACUGCAGAGUUCUCUCAUGACACUGAUGCCACUGAGAUUGACUCUCUUGAUGGAUAUGAACUUCAAGAUGAGGAUGACGGUUUAAGUGAACCUACAGGCAAACCAUUUGGAUUUUCCAAUGAAAACAGAAAGGAUCUUUGGGCAUCAGAUAACAUAUCUAGACCAAGUGACCGUUGCCAAAGUAAACUUGAAGUAAUUCAUGAAGAAUCGCCAGCUGAGGAUUGUAAAAAGACCAAAGCUAAGACUGAUCCCUCAAACCAAAAGAAUGGAAAGGACAAUGAAAAGGAUGAAAAACAAUCUGAUCAAGGAUUGUCAGACACUUACUUUAGUUACAAGCUAGAUGAGGAGUUUAAUACUCCUUUUAAAACUGUUGCAACAAAAGGCUUUGAUCCUUGGUCAAGCAAGGGAGGAGAAGAUGAAGUAGUGGACGCUAGAAUUAAAGAUGAUGAGCCCAAGCCGUUUGGGCUAGCAGUAGAUGACAAGUCUACAGCAACAACCCCUGACACAACUCCUGCAAGAACCCCAACUGAUGAAAGCACACCAACUAGCGAGCCAAACCCUUUCCCCUUCCACGAAGGGAAGAUGUUUGAGAUGACCCGCAGUGGUGCGAUUGACAUGAGCAAGAGGGAUUUUGUUGAAGAGAGGCUGCAGUUUUUCCAGAUCGGUGAGCAUACAUUUGGAGGGAGGAUAGGGGAUGGGGUCAGAAAACCAAAUGUAGUCACCUCAAAUGCACAGAUAGUUGAGAGAGCACAAGUUAAGAUGGAGGACAACACGGUUAUAUCAUACAAUAUCAUUCAGAUAUGCACUGACCACUCUGACACAUCUCAUGACAUGGAGCCUCCCCCCUAUUCAGAAGUCAGUUCUUUAUGUUCUUCUAUUAAAAUAGGACCCAAAUCUUCCAACAUUGAGAGGAGAGAUUUUGUUUGUGUAGACUCGGAUAGUUCUCAAGGUCAAACACCAGAGACUGCACAUCAAGUAGGACCAGAAACCUAUAGAACAAGCAAAUACAAUCAAAGGACAGACUCGUCGAGGACAGAGCCACAAACAUACCUCCAGACAACUUCCAAUAAUUCCAGAAACCACAGUAAUAACGCUAAUCUUGAGGCCUUAAAUGCUGGAACACAUUGCUUGCUACAAAGUGGCAAGCAAACCAAACAGCUGUUAAUGUCUGAUCUUUGCUCAGAUCAAGUAAUAAACCCGUGUGAAGAUUCAGUCAGAAAGGACACUGGUACUUUCAGGGAUGGCAGUACAGAGAAUAAUGAUGUAAUCUCCAAAUGCAAAGACAUUACAAGAAAGCCACCAAAGUCUAGGUUGCCAGUGAGAGCAUCUCAUCCACCACUGGGGUGUAAAAAAAAUCUAACAUCUUCGAGACUAAUUCAAACGUUAAGACUAGUAGCCAGGAAUCGAUUAGAUCCAUUCCCAGAUGGGAAGCCUAAAUCUAGAAUCCCAAUGAUGAAGAUCAAAGAUGUUAGUUCCUCACCAGUGGAGAAAUGUAGGACCACCACAAUAGCCAAACAGAAAGGUAAAGCACAGCCAACCAAAACGUUAACCACCAACAAAAGAUCAAAAACUGGUCCAUUGAGUAGAUCAGGCACUAAAUGUGUCCAGAAGCCCCUAUGUGAGGUUGGCAAAAGUUCUAAUAGUUCAAAACCUAGUAGUGCAGUAAAGCAAGUGGACUGCCUUUCCAGUGAAGAGAAAAAGAUGCAGGCAUAUGAUAAGGAUGAAGAAAGCAGCACAUCAAGGAACACAUCUUUAUCAGAAGCGUCGCAACCCUCCAGUACAUCCAGGUCUGCUAGAGACGUGAGAUCACAGGUUGAGCAGUCCGGCAGAGACAGGAGGAAGUGGAGUAGGAGGACUGAUGGAGGUGAAGGCAGUCAGGGUGCUGGGCCUCAAGUGGCCCCCGGCGUGGAGAUCAAGCCUAGCCCUCAGAGCCCCUGUGAAAGAACAGAUGCACGUAUGGCUAUUGUGGCGGAUCAUCUUGGCCUGAGUUGGACUGAGCUGGCCAGGGAAAUGGAAUUUUCGGUUGAUGAGAUAAAUCAAAUCCGUGUGGAAAACCCAAACUCACUGACAGCUCAGAGUUUCAUGCUUUUAAAGAAAUGGGUUAGCCGAGAUGGUAAAAACGCUACAACGGAUGCCUUAACCGCUGUCCUGACUAAGAUCAAUCGGUUGGAUAUUGUGACAUUGCUGGAAGGGCCAAUAUUUGACUAUGGUAACAUUACAGGCACAAGAAGUUUUGCAGAUGAUAGCGCAGUUUCCCAGGAGCAGGCUGAUGGUUACCACAGCAUUGAGCUGGAGCUCAAGAGUCCCUCAGAGCUGACCUAUGAACCCCCUACCCCUCUGCGCCAGGAUGAUUACUUUGGCUAUGACAGUAGGCUAAAUUUCCCCUUUAGUGCCCCUGUUAGACCCAGUGAACUGUCCUUGCCAGCCACUAGUGGCUCAGUGUCUGCAGAUACCAAGCCACCUACCGUCAUGGCUGAGGACAGCUCUAUUGGAGGCCGGGAGUCUGUUAGCCAAGAAGAUGGGCCAGCUGAAGAUGACUUAAGUGUCAGCAAAGAAAUAGCAGUGCCCUCGGAACAGCGUGACAGUGAGGGAACCUCAAAAGAAUCAGAUGUCUUCCCAAAAAGUCCAGUAAAAGAGCAGAAGGAAGUCCAACCUAAUCUUCCCGUUUGUGUCUCAGCCAGCGAAGCUCCUGGAGAGAGUGGCAAGUCUGGGUUUGACGAAGAAGAUGAAGAGAUGACCCAAGAGAAAAUAAAGUCUCUCUUGGAGAACAUUAAGUUGGAGGAAGGCUCAGAGGAUGAGGAGAUGACUGAGGAGAGGCUGCAAGCGAUACUCUGUGAAGUGCAGCUGGCAGAAAAAGACAUGUCUUCCAUUUCAGGUCUGCGAAGUGAGACAUCAGGUGCAAAUGGGAAGAUGGCAACUUCUGACCACAGACUGGAUACUGGCCAAGAACUAAUGUCCUCAACACCAGGAGUGCAAACUGAGAGGCAAAAUGGGGAAUAUGAAAAGCUCCAAGCUGAAGCUUGUUUGUCACCAGAUGCCAGUGAGUCUUCCAGCAAAACAAAGGGCAAAGCUAGGAAAGACUCUGGACAAGAAGUGAGCAGGGAGGCUGUAGAGGACAGAGGACCAAACAACAGGGAGGAUGACAUUUCCGAGCCUAUAGUCCAGCAGGAAGCUCGUAGAGAUAAUGAAUCCAGCUCUGAUGAGGAAGAAACUGUCACCACCAGAGUGUAUCGGCGGAGAGUGAUUCUGAAGGGUGAUCAGGCCAGAAACAUCCCUGUUGAGACUGUAACAGAGGAGCAGUACACAGAUGAAGAUGGAAACAUAGUCACCAGAAAAGUCAUCCGGAAAGUGGUGCGUCGCACAGCUGGUGUUGAGGACAAAGGCAGGAGAAAGCGUGGGAAGCAUACCCGGCAGGCCAAUAGGGCCGAGCAGGAGGAAGAGGGGGGCCCCGGGCCCCUCAGAGAGCACACUGAGGCUGGAGAAGGAGAGAAGGGCAUAAAGAAGGAAGGAAGACAAAGGGAAAAAAUGGGUCAAUCGUAACAGUUGUGCUCGUUUUGAUCUGAAAGUGUUUCAGAACCAUUUUCCUACAAGAAGGAUCACUGGGAGUGUGCAGGAGGUCAGGGGAUGAGGAUCAUGUGUCUGCAGCUUUCAUACAACAAAUGGUUUUCAGCCAGAUGACUUUUGAUUUAGCAUGAGCAUGAAAAAACAACUGGUUUCUGUCAAUAACACGGAAUGGCUAAUGAUCGAGAGGACUUUGUUGGUGCAACGUUUCAGUCGACUGGGGUGUCCGAUCUGAGAUGCUCCACGGCAGUGCCUAAGCACUUCUGUGACCAAAGAGGCCAUGUAACUUACUGCAGAUUGACAGAAAUGGAGGGACUCAUUCGAAUCACCUUUUACACUCGCCUUACAUUUUUUUCCUCUCGGACACAUAAUGUCGGGGUGUAUAAUGCUGUUGGAGCUUGAUGUACAUAACUUACACUGUAUAAAUUCGAAAGUGGCUCACAAAAUUAUUAAUGCACUGGCAAGUGUGUAGGAAUGAACUACCAAUUCUGAUUCCAGUUUUAAGGGAACGCACUUCACAUGCACUUGUAUAAUUAUUAUCAAGAAAAAUGUUUGUAAAUGGAAAAAAAAAGCCAGCUUGAUUUUAACAACUGAUGUUUCUUUCAAAUCUACUGCAGUUUUUUAGUUGUACACGCAUUGGAGCCGCUGUAGUUCUGUUUAAAGACUUAUUCAGCGUACUAAUAUUUUCAUGCAUGUGAUUCACUCUAUUUUGAUUUUUCUAAACAGCAUAACACACAAGAGAUGGGGAAAUGAUGUUCUGUAUGUAUACACUCACAGUCUUGCUAAUGCUUAAGGUUUUUUUUUUUUUGUUUUUUUGUUUUUUUUUUAAGAAAGAUGACAGUAUCACAACACCAUUGUUCAGCUUCACUAAAAUACACUGUGUCCCAUUACAUCCCAACCCAGCGCCGGGCUCCCUAUGCAGUUACAGAUACAGCUGAAAUCCGAACGCUCACUGGUAUGCGUCAUGUUGAUUGACGUGAUGCACUUUUAACUGUUCUCAUGUGUAUUGGAUCUAAGAUGUAGAAGUCUUUCUGUCAGCCUGUCAUUUGUAAUCAUUCUAGUAUUACUACUAUUACUACUUUUCAAGGCUGCUGUGGUUUGGGGGGCAAUUUUACUUUGGUUUUGGUGCAUUGAGAAAUCACCCAAGCAUUCAUGGAUGAUAGAUAUGGUAACAAAUGAUGGGAAAAAAAAAAACAUACACUGGAUGAUCAAAUUAAUUAUUUAAGAUCAUAAUAAAUUGUGUUCAAAUCCUCA